UUAAAUUGCUAGUUGUGACGUUCAGUUGGUGUGUUUUGUUAAUUUAAAGCAGACAUUACAAGUAAUAAAGGUUACUAGUGACUCUGUGUUGUUAUUCAGUCGUGUUACUUGUUGCUACAGAAUUUUCUUAUGUAAAUUCAACAUAAUUUCGGUUCGAUUAAGUUUAUUGGAUUCGCUUGCAUUCGAUAAAUUUUUAUGUUAUCGAUUUAUCCAAAAAAAUUAAUUCGAAAAUAUUUUUUUUUAAAUUUAAAUUGAUAACAAGUUUGAUCAAGAUGUAGUUUGAACAUAUGUGGCAGAUCAUACCACUUCAUCAACUAACAUUGUACAAAUAUCCGACAGUUUUUUUUCCAUAACCAAUUGUACAAAGCCGGUGUCUUCAUGAAAAAGCCUCAACUUUCAUGAAAAUACGAAAGAGAAGGUGAAACAUGGCCACGAACGGUGAACAUUGUCCAGUUGGAAAUGGCUUACCGGAUUAUUUCGUCGCUCCGAACAAGGCAACUCGUUGCAGUUGGAAAUUAAUACAGGAAAGAAAUCCACAUUUCAAUCGGUCUUACUUUGAAAAUCCGAAAAUUCUUCCCGACAUUCUUCAUGCCAUUGGAAAUACACCCUUGGUCAAAUUGAAUACAAUACCGCAAGCUGAAGGAGUUGAAUGCGAUAUAUACGCAAAAUGUGAAUUUUUAAAUCCGGGCGGUUCGGUUAAAGAUCGUAUCGGCUACCGAAUGGUGCAAGAUGCCGAAGCCAAGGGAUUAUUAAAACCAGGUUGCACGAUCAUUGAACCGACUUCCGGCAACACUGGUAUUGGUCUGGCCAUGGCCUGCGCUGUUAAGGGAUAUAAAUGUUUGAUUGUUAUGCCGGAAAAGAUGUCCAAUGAAAAGGUGGCUGCGUUGCAGACAUUGGGCGCAAAAAUUGUUCGUACACCAACUGAAGCCGCCUGGAAUGAACCGGCUGGUUUGAUUGCCAGGGCUCAAAUGUUCCAGCAUGAGAUUCCCAACUCAAUUGUGUUGGAUCAAUAUCGAAACCCUGGAAAUCCAUUGGCUCAUUACGAUGGUACCGGUGAGGAGAUAUUGAGACAAUGCGGUGGAUCAGUUGAUAUGGUUGUCGUUGGAGCUGGAACUGGAGGAACGAUUAGUGGCAUCGGUCGAAAAAUUAAAGAAAAGUGCCCCGACUGUAAAGUAAUUGCUUGUGACCCGGAAGGAUCGAUUUUGUCACUGCCUGAUUCACUUAACCAAACAGAUGUGUCAUUCUAUGAGGUCGAAGGAAUCGGUUACGAUUUCAUUCCCACUGUGCUCGACCGUAGUGUGGUCGACAAAUGGUACAAAUGUAAUGACAAGCAGUCGUUACCAUUGGCGAGACGAAUUAACGCUGAGGAGGGUAUACUGUCAGGUGGUAGCAGUGGUGCAGCUUUAUCAGUUGCAUUGAGAGCUGUCAAGGACUUUGGGUUGAAAAAGGGACAAAGAUGCGUUGUCAUUUUACCGGACGGUAUCCGAAACUAUAUGACCAAGUUCGUGUCAGAUAAUUGGAUGGAAGCGAGACUACUGAAGGAACCAGUCAACGAACAUAAUCACUGGUGGUGGAACCAUAAAGUAUCAGAAAUCAAAGUGCCAGCACUUGUCUCGGUAAAACCAACAGACACUUGCGAAGCAGCCAUCAAUUUGAUGUCACAAAAUAAUUUGAGUCAUGUCGCAGUUGUAUCAGAUGAUGGAACCCUUGCGGGAACAGUUACACUAGCACUUCUAACGAAAAAAGUUGUCACCUUCAAUUUGCCAUUGACAUCAACAGUUGAAUCAGCUUUGUUCAAGCAAUUCCGUCAAGUACCAUCAAAUACGAACUUGGGUCUGGUAUCUCGGAUUUUAGAGAUUGACGAUUUUGUCAUAGUUGAGGCACCGCUAUCGGUUGUUACUCGAAUGGACGUUCUGAAUUUUAUUAAAGGAGGAAAGACAACAAAUGGUGCUCAGCAAUAGAAAUUGUAAAACGAAAGAGACGCAUAAUCGAACAGAUGAAAUGUAAAAUUGAACUUUUUUAUUAAUAAACUUUCACUAAAAUCUUU